CACCAAGACAUGACCGGACUCAGCGGUCUAAAGAUGGAUGCAAAUAUUGUGGUUUUGGGCACGGAUAACGUUGGGAAAUCAGCACUGACUGUGCGCUUCCUGACGCGAAGGUUUAUCGGAGAAUAUGGGGACAUUGAAACUAUAUACAGCCACAGUGUCAGCGUGGAUGGAAGAGAAUUGUCACUAAAUAUUUGGGAUUCACCUUAUUCCCCGCAGGACAUAACCUCCGGAGGCUCCGCUGCCAUGUGCGAGAAGCGUCUCCAGUGGGCCGACGGCUUCGUGCUGGUCUACAGCAUCUGCGACCGGGCCAGCUUCAACAUGGUGGCGCGGCUGGUGCAGAGCAUCAAGGCGGCCAAAGGGGACUUCCUGGGCCAGGAGAAGAUGCCCAUCGCCAUCGUGGGCAACAAGCGCGACCUGCACCACCGGCGCACGGUCAUGGCCGAGGAGGGCCGGCUGCUGGCGCUGGCGUCCGACUGCCAGUUCUACGAGGUGUCGGCGGCAGAGAACUACCACGGCGUGCUCAUGGUGUUCCACGGGCUGGUGGGGCACGUGCGGGAGUCGCGGCGCCGCUCUGCGGCGGUCAAGAAAGCGGGCAUCAAGGGCAUCGUGAAGAGCAUGUCGGCCGUCUUCGCCCGCCGGCGCACCGACUCGCUGUGAGCGGUGAGGAUGGGGAGACGGAAGGAAGACAGCAGUGUGGACCAGAGCCACAUCACUUUAGGAGGAGCAAGUUGCUUGUCAAACGCAGACACUGUGUUUCUGCAAAGCAGUAGAGACCCCCGCAGUGGACUGAAGCCGCAUCAAUUUGCUGUAGGAGGGAUAGCUUUGCUUAAGACAAACCAAAACAAAGGAACAGGUUUGCUUGGAACCAACACAUGCACAUUCACUGUGAUGUUGUUGCAAAGCAGUAGAGACUUGCAGUGGGCCAUUUAUGAAGAUGGGGUUUGUCUGGCACACACAUAGCCUACCUUGUGUUAUUGCAAAGCAAAUACAAGGCAAGGGGACUCUGACCUGCUGGAGGAGAGGAAGGCCCCCAAAGGUCAUGACCUUUAACUGUGACCCCCUGACCUCUUAAUUGUGAUCUCACCUCUGUCAGGAGGAUGAGGAAUAGUAUUGGUCCUGUCUGUGCCGUAAGCCACACGUUGGGCUGCGGUGGUGAGGGGAGAGAGAGGGGAGACUCCAUGUUGAACUGGAUAUACCUAGGGAUUGAGGACAGUAAGGGAUGGGGAACACACACAUACAAACACAACACCAGCAUUAUUCCCUUGAUAUACAGCUACUUGAAAGGAUGUGAACAUUUCCCAAGAAUUUAUUUUAUCACCUUAUUUUACUUAUCACCUUUGUGCUUUUGAAAAUGUUGCCUUGAUGCCAUGUUGGGAUACGUUAAGUUAAACACCAAAGUUGUAUGGAGUUGAGUCAUCAAUGUUUGAAUAGUACUGUAUCACAUCGUCCUAGCUGUCACGUCCAAGAGCUCAAAAUAGUGCAGAGACAAUGCUAUCUCGUGAUUCUGAUACAAGAAAGGACAAAUGAACGUGAUAUCAACUUUACACAAGCUUGUGUAAUUGUGAGCAUUUUAAUCUUUUUUCUUUCCAUUCCUUAAACCAGAGCUGCAAGAAAUGUUGGGCAGCUAUUUAUCUUCUGAUUUAUAUUAUCUUCCAUGUAGUAUGUACAGUAUUUUAUGGGUUUUAUGUUACAUUUGUUAAAAAAACAAGCACUUGUAGAUGUUUCUGUCAUUCAAGAUGGUCAACUACAAUGUAAAUGUAAAGGAGUUAUAAUUGUUGGCCAGUGUAAAUACCAUACACCAUAAGAGAUUACAAGACGGUUUCCCUGUAUGUACAUCAGUAAGCAUUAUUAUGUUCAAAGAUGUUUUGAGUGAAAUGUGAUCCAUAAUAAAGCUGCAAUACUGUA